GAUCGAGUGUGCAGGAAAAGCGCGAGCUCGUCUGCGCGCGGCCGGGCUUCCUGGGCGGUGGGUUCUCCUUGCGACAGGCGGCGGCGCAGUGUCCUAACUGUGACGGCGGUGGCUGCUCCAGACACGGGCGGCGGCGGCAGUGACGGCGGCGGCGGCGGCAGCAGCAGCAGCAGCAGCGGGCGCGGAGAUGUGGCCCCUGGUGGUGCUGCUGCUGCUGAGCUUGGCUUCUUGCGGUUCGGCUCAGCUAACAUUUAAUUUAACCAAAUCUGUAGAAUACACCACUUGCAAUGAAACUGUUGUCAUCCCAUGUUUUGUUAAUAAUGUGGAGGCAACUGCCCUUAGAGAAAUGUAUGUAAAGUGGCAAUUUGGGAAAGACUGGAUUUUCAUCUAUGAUGGAGAUAAAAGACUUUCCAAACACAACCAUGGCUAUGAGAGUGCAAAAAUUGUACCAGGAGCAUUACUAAAGGGCAUUGCCUCUUUGGAGAUGAAAAAGAGGGAUGCUGUCCCCGGAAACUACACUUGUGAAGUAACAGAAUUAAACAGAGAAGGCGAAACCAUCAUAGAACUGAAGUAUCGUGAGGUUUCAUGGUUUUCUACAAAUGAAAAUAUUCUUAUUAUUAUUUUCCCCAUGUUGGCUGUACUUCUGUUCUGGGGACAGUUUGGUAUUGUGACACUUAAAUAUAGUUCCAGUCUUGCGAAGGAGAAAACCAUUUUUUUAUUUGUUGCUGGAAUAGUGCUCACCGCAUUUGUCAUUGUUGGAGCCAUUCUUUUGGUCCCAGGUGAAUAUUCAACAAAGAAAGCCAGUGGACUUGGUUUAAUUGUGGUUCCUACAGUGAUAUUAAUAUUACUUCAGUACUCUGUGUUUGUGAUGACUCCAGCUAUUGGGAUGUCUUCCUUCAGCAUUGCCAUAUUGGUCAUCCAGGUGCUGGGCUUUGUGCUCUCUGUGGUUGGACUAAGCCUCUGUGUCUCAGAGUGUACCCCAGUGCAUGGUCCUCUUCUGAUUUCAGGUUUGGGUAUUGUAGCUUUAGCAGAAUUGCUUGGAUUAGUUUAUAUGAAAUUUAAUGCUUCUAAUCAGAGGAGUAUACAACCUCCUAGGAAAGCUGUUGAGGAACCGCUUAAUGCAUUUAAAGAAUCAAAGGGAAUGAUGAAUGAUGACUAACUGAAUUGAAGUGAUGGACUCAGAUUUGGAGAGUAGUAAGAUGUGAAAGCAAUGCACUUCUGUUUAAGUACCACGGCCUUGAUUUCCUCACUGUUCAAGAGAAGAAAAAAGAAAAGUAACUCACUUUCAUCUCUAAGAAAAAUGAAAUCAUUGACUUUUAAAUGGUCAUUCCAGUUAAGUUUGUAUUCAAAGCAUUUGUGAUUUAGUUAAUAAAAGAAUUAUGAUCUGUGUCAUGUGCCCAAUUGAGAUCCAAUAUUUUAUUGUUAUUUUUCUUCAGGUAGGGGCAAAGUAGAGUGGGCAACUUCCAAGAAUGAUGCCUUUCAGAUCCUUAGGACCUCUUGACUCGGUCACCAGUUUAAAUUGGUUCAACUUGAGAAUUACCUGGUGUUAACCUGGUGGUUACCGAGAGAUAUUGCUGAUGAACAGGGGCUUCCAUCAGACUUUGGCAAACUCAGGUUUGUAGCCACAUUGGCAGUUAAUGGUGUUAACUGAAUAAUGUGUGUCUGCCACUUCUGGAUCAAGGGAAUAACAAAUUAAGUGCAGACAGGAAUUUGGCUGGAAACAUUUUGUGUGCUGCUUACGUGGUAUGUGGUAGUGGCGGAGAUUAUGGUCUUCAUUCUUGGGGGUUGCCAUUUACAUAAUCUUCCUUUAAUGUAAAGUGUAACAGACCCUUGCCAGAUUUAGGGUAGUUUUACUGAUGGAUGUCUUUUUCUUUUAUUCACACAACCCUUUAAACCCUGUCUUGUCCUCCUGUUACUUGCUUCUGCUGUACAAGAUGUAGCACCUUUUCUCCUCUUUGAACAUGGUCCAGAGACAUGGUAGCAUCAUUGCAGAAAGGAGCCAGACUUGUUCUCAGAGAGCUACGUUCACACUUGUCAGCAAAAAUAGUGAUGGUUGUAACAUAUGUAUUCCCUUCCUUGGAUUCGAAGGCACAAUCUACGGUGUUUCUUCACUUCUUUUCUGAUCUGGGGCAUGAAAAACCAAGAUUGAGGUUUUAACUAUGUGUUUCCUGCAUGGCAACAUAAUGUGUGUCACUGUCAGGCCAAUGGGCCAGCCCUCAAAAGGGGGGUUUUAUUGCUGUUGUAUCUAUGUUGCAUGAUAAACACUCAUUAUCUUCCUUCUGUAGUCCUGCCUCGUAUUCCCCUGACUUUAAGAUUGAAAAGUAAAACAACCCCCACGUUUUCUACCCUGUUAGAAAAAAAUUAACAUUCUGACAGUUGUGAUCGCCUGGAGUACUUUUAGAUUAUUAGCACUCGUUUUCUUCCUUUGUGGGUGUGUGUUUAUAUGUGCACAUGUAUGAGGUAGGCACAUGCAUCUUCUGUAUGGACAGCAGUGGGGUGCCUACAGGAGAGCAAAUGCUAAUUCAUGCUCUUAGCAAAACAUUUAAAAACAGAGGUCUUUGUUGGGUGGGAUUAUAUUCGAUGCAAAUAUUUGAUCACUUAAAACUUUAAAAACUUCUAGUAAUUUGCCAAGUCUUUUGACUGCUCACCAGUACCGUCUAAUAAUACUAGUGAUUCUUCUGGUUUGUAUAAUAAUAAUAAGACAUUCACAUUUGUAGUUGCGUUACAGAUAGUUAUUUCUUAGUCCACCAAAUGUCCCCGUGUGCCUCUUUUAUGCCAAAUUAAUUGAAUUUUUCAUGUUGGGACCAAGUGGUUUGCCCGUGGCAAAUCCAAAUUUAUGACCUGCUGAUGCCUCUCAGAAAACUGGACCCCCUAUGAAGACAGUUCUUGAAAAAAACAAACAAAAAAUUUUUUUCCCUAAUUGUGUUGCUGGCCAAAAUAUUAUCAUAUGUGGAGGGAGCUGUAUUCCCUUAUACCAGUCUCAUGACUCCUGCUGCUCUUUUUCCUUCUGAAAGUAUUUAUAUUUUAGUAAUAUCAUUUAUUACUUUAGAAAUCAAUUUUGAUGAAAGGAGGAAAAAAGCUGAUGGACUUAAAAUAUCCAAAUUCCUAUUCUCUAUUAAGAAAAAGUCAAGUAUGAAAAUCUUUAUAGUCAACUUUUUAAUAAACUAAACUAAACAUCAUACCUUUUAAUACGUAGUAGACUCUCCUUUAUUUGGGGUUCAUUCUUGGGACUUACGCAUCCUCUGUGUUCUCUUUGAUGCUGCCUAUCUUUUGAGGCAUUCACUGCCCUAGACAACAGAGGGAGGUGGCAGGAGAAAAGCCAGAAGAAAUCAACUUCCUCUUGCCAGCUGUCGGCUUCCCUGGAAAAGGGACCGUAGCAGCAGCAGCCGUCUUGCUUGGGCAUCAUUGGGCCAGUUCAUUCUCUUUCCAUCAGACUUGCGAUGGCUCCCAAUUUUCUGUCACACCUAAUGAAAAUUGCUAACAAUGUUUUGGGCAUCAUACAUCUAUUCCCUCCAUAAUCUGAUUUUUACUCACUGAUCUGAUUUUUGCCAUUGACUCUUUUGUUCAAUUUUAUUUAUUGUAUGUCCUCAGAGUGAUGCCAUCUGUCAUUUUUGCAACAACCUUUUCAACCUUUCUGGCCAAAUCAGAUUUUUCCUCUGCCUCAAAACAUUAUCCUCCAGCCCUUCCUUCCCCGCUGGCUCCCCUUUGCAGUCUCUCCCCAUCUGCCUACCUGCCUCUAUUCAUCUUCACUUACCUUUCCCAGUUCUUCGUGUGUCUCUGCUUAGCUCUAUUGGUUUGUCUUACUUUCUCUCACUUAUUUGAAAAUUCCUCCAUAGCAAGAGCUUUUUUUCCCCUCUUUUCUCUUCCUGCAGCAUUUUGCCUACAUUAGAUACUCAGUAUGUGUUUGGUGAUUGAGAGUUAGCUGUAUGUAGAUAUUCCACUAUUUUUAAUAGGGUGAGCUAGAGAGCUUUCUCUUUUUGACAAAUUUCACAUGCUCUGAAAACCUUCAAAGGUGAUGAUUUUUUCACCUGGAAACUCCAGGUUUAUUCUUGUUUAAAUUCCUGAAGAUGUCAGAAUGAAAAUAAUGAGGCUGUCCCAUAAUUAGGAGCAUUAUUUUUUUUUUUCAGGAUGUUGUAGUCAGUUUAGUAACUGACCAAACAAAUUGUGGUUUGACUUAAAGCUCAAAAGUGGUAAGUUUACUCUUCUAUCUUAUUACUAAGAAUUAAGCUCUGUAUGACCAUCUAGAUUUCUCUUGUCCUACAAGUGUUCAAAAAUGGACUUUUAUGGUGUUAUGUAUAGAAAUACAUACCCCUUCAUUUACCUAUCCUUGGAAACUAGAGAAAUUAUUGUUGGGCAACCCUUAUCUUCUUAUUGUGUUUUAUUUGAUGGACAGGAUGUUCAGAAACAGUUUUACAUGUGUCAUGUUUUCAAAAUCACUAACUGCCAUCAGCCACUGGGGUCCUUUGUCAAAUCAUUUUCUGUGGCUAAUAGGAAUAAUCCAGGGAACUUUCAAGAGAUGAGCAGUGAACAGGCAGUUUUCUUGCCUUUGGUUUUUGACAGCUCUUACUUAUCAUUUAAGACCAGUUUUCCCAAAAUUUAGCCUUUUGGAAAAAAAAGAGCAUUUGUUAUAAGCUUCUCUGUAAGGCAACUUCAGUGGAAUCUUAGACAUGUUAUCAGGGUAGAUGAGAGAGUGAAACAUUUUUGUUCUUAUUAAAUGGAGAAUUAUUUACAAAAAGCCAUUGUUGAAAAAUUAUAUUCCAUACCAGAUGAAUAUCCAUUAACCAUUCUAGGUAAAGAGAAAUCCAGUGUUGCUAUGUGCAAGAUCCUCUGUUGGGGGCUUUUUUCCAUAGCAAUGAAAGGUGUGCUAUUUGUCGGUAGCCAUUUUUGCAGUGAUUUAAAGACCAAAGUUGUUUUACAGCUGUGUUACCGUUAAAGGUUUUGUUUUUUUUUAAAUAUGUAUUAAAGCAAUUUAUCACUGUUGAAGCUUUGAAUAUCUGCAAUCUUUACCAAGGUAAUUUUUUAUUUAAAAAACAUAACUUUGUAAAUAUUACCCUGUAAUAUUACAUAUACU